ACGCUGCGGAGGAGUCAAGCGACAAGGUGAGCUCACCUCAUCUGGAUGACACGCUUUUGAAAGAGACACACACAGAUAGAGAGAGAGACAUUGUGCACAAAGAGCAGGCUCCAAAUCCAACUAAAGGACUAAUAAAACAUCACACACACACACAGUGCAAGUAAGCAUGUCGUUGGACAGUGUAUUAUUUCCUGUGCCUCCUGGACACAUGACGAAUACAACGUGAAACUAGUCUCAGCCAGGCCUCACAAGUGCAUGUGUUUUAAGGUCCCCAAAAGAGCUCUCCUUUAAAACACCAAGGAGCACAUCAGGGGACGCCAAACCAUUUGACUCCCUUGCCAGACAUCUCGGCUCACCCCACAAUCAAUGGUGCUCGCAAUCGGAUGCACUUUUAGGCCAUUUAGGAGACAAAUAGCACAGGAAAAGCAGUGCGCACCGCUCCACCCGACAGUCGAACGGUGAGGUUUUGAGCGAGUCGCAGCAAAAUGCACGGGGCUUCUGCAGCCCACAUGACUUUAUUCUGAACGGACACAAGUCUGCUCGCUGGGCCGUUCGCUUUUGGGCCAAAAACACGGCUCCGUCGGUGACUUUUGGCCCGAUAUUGGCGACCAGAAAACACAAGUGAAAGAGCAUUUGGCCAGCCAGGAGAAGCCGAGCUGGGUGGCUUGAGUCUACAUGGUUCUCAUGUCGCGUUUAAGGCCAGCCCCCUGCACCGUGUGGAGCUUCAAUAGCACAGAGCAGCGUCUACAGCAAAGUACUCCUCCUCACAGACUACCGUAGUGUUGUAAGUGUGUGUGUUUACCGGACCGAACGACAGACAUGGCAGAAGUCGCACCAGCACCCGCCGCCGCCGCGCCGGCCAAGGCCCCCAAGAAGAAGGCAGCAGCCAAGCCCAAGAAAGCGGGACCCAGCGUAGGCGAGCUCAUCGUCAAGGCGGUGUCCGCCUCCAAGGAGAGGAGCGGCGUGUCCCUGGCCGCGCUCAAGAAGUCUCUGGCGGCAGGCGGCUACGACGUGGAGAAGAACAACUCCCGUGUCAAGAUCGCCGUCAAGAGCCUCGUCACCAAGGGCACCCUGGUCCAGACCAAGGGCACCGGUGCCUCCGGCUCCUUCAAGCUCAACAAGAAGGCCGUCGAGGCAAAGAAGCCCGCUAAGAAAGCCGCAGCCCCCAAAGCUAAGAAGGUGGCCGCCAAGAAGCCCGCCGCCGCCAAGAAGCCCAAGAAGGUAGCAGCCAAGAAGGCCGUGGCCGCAAAGAAGUCCCCCAAGAAGGCCAAGAAGCCCGCUACACCCAAAAAGGCCGCCAAGAGCCCAAAGAAGGUGAAGAAGCCCGCCGCAGCGGCCAAGAAAGCGGCCAAGAGCCCCAAGAAGGCUACCAAGGCAGCGAAGCCCAAAGCCGCCAAGCCCAAGGCAGCCAAGGCCAAGAAGGCAGCCCCCAAGAAGAAGUAAACCUAUUACAAACAGUGUUCUUUGUACUCGACACAUGUUGUUACCACAAAAGGCUCUUUUAAGAGCCACCCACCUCUUUCCAUAAAAGCGCAUGUCAUUCCA